UCGGGGGAGCUGGUUGCUGUGAAGGUCUUCAACGACGCCAGCUACUUCAGGCCGCAGGAGGUUCAGCUGAGGGAGUUUGAGAUGCUGAGGAAGCUCAACCACAAGAACAUCGUCAAGCUGUUCGCCGUGGAGGAGACGGGCAGCAGCAAGCAGAAGGUGCUGGUGAUGGAAUACUGCUCGAGCGGGAGCCUGCUCAGCGUGCUGGAGGAUCCCGCCAACGCCUUCGGCCUCGCCGAGUCCGAGUUCCUCAUCGUGCUGCAGUGCGUCGUGGCAGGAAUGAACCACCUCCGCGAGAACGGCAUCGUGCACCGAGACAUCAAGCCCGGGAACAUCAUGCGGCUGAUGGGAGAAGACGGGCAGAGCAUCUAUAAACUGACAGAUUUUGGGGCUGCCCGAGAGCUGGAUGAUGACGAGAAGUUUGUGUCGGUCUACGGGACAGAGGAGUAUCUCCACCCGGACAUGUACGAGCGAGCGGUUCUGCGGAAACCCCAGCAAAAGGCUUACGGAGUGACCGUGGAUCUGUGGAGCAUCGGGGUGACCUUCUACCACGCUGCCACCGGCAGCCUCCCCUUCGUCCCCUUCGGCGGGCCUCGCCGCAACAAGGAGGUCAUGCAUAAAAUCACCACGGAGAAGCCCCCCGGGGCCAUCGCAGGGGUGCAGAGGCAGGAGAACGGGAGCAUCGAGUGGAGCUACAAGCUGCCUGCCACGUGCCAGCUCUCCAUGGGGCUGCAGGUCCAGCUUAUACCAAUUUUGGCUAAUAUCCUGGAGGCAGACCAGGAGAAGUGCUGGGGAUUUGACCAGUUUUUUGCAGAAACCAGCGAUAUUCUGCACAGGAUCGUGGUCGAUGUCUUCUCCCUGCAGCAGGCUUCCCUGCAUCGCAUUUACAUCCACUCCCACAACACUACCACCAAAUUCUUAGACGCUGUCUUCAAGCAAACCAACAUCGCCCCUCACCACCAGGAAUACUUCUUUGAGGGCCACCUGUAUGAGCUGGAUCCCAACCUGCAAGCUCACGACUUCCACAGGACCACGGAGCGCAGCCCGCUGACCCUGCUGAGCACCGAGGCCCAGGAGCAGCCGCUGGGACUGAAAUACAGAGACCAGCCCCCGGCCCAGGUUGGCGGCUGUAUCCAGCUCCGGAGCCACGUCCGGAUGGGCUGGAUCCCUGUUUUCUCUAUUGGCAGCGGCAGCCUGAAAACGGAGUGUUCGAGGCUCUCGGAGCAGAGGAGGGGAGCCCUGGCGCUGCUCAGCUGCCUGCAGCUCACCGAGGUGAAGACCCGUGGGCUGUUGGAGGCCGUCGGUGGCACCGGGGUGACGCCGGCGCUGCAGGAACUCGGCGCCGUGAGGACGCGGCNUCCGCAGGUGCUGGGGGACCUCUCGCAAUGUUCCCGCGACCUCUUCGAGCACCGGGCCGAGCUGGACGGCGUCCUGGCCGAGCUGGCCGCGCACGGGCACGAGGUGCUGGAGGACAAGAGCAUCCAGCAGAUCGAGUGCUGCCUGGAGAAGAUGCAGCUCAUACACAAGCAGUUCAAGCAGGCCAGGACGUGUCUGCGGCUGGGCUAUAACGAGGAGCAAAUACACAAGCUGGACAAGGUGAAUUUAGGACAUUUGGCCAGGAAGGUGCUGCUGAUUUUCCAGGACGACUGUGUGCAGAGGUACCAAGAGAUGCUGGCCCUGCACGGGAGCAGAAUGAGGAAAGUCUGCAAGAUCAAGAAGCACCUGAAGAGGCUCAGCACCUGCAUGAGCGCCGGCGGCGCGGCGAUGUCGGAGUGCCAGGACUGCCUGCAGCGCGCUUCGGACACAUUCCUCCAGACGGUCCUGCCGGAGACGCAGCAUUUGUCACCGGCCCCUUUGCCGGCUCCUCUGAACCCGGCGCGCCACGAUAUGGCCCUUAGGAUGCAGGAGCUGCUGGAGCAGAUGAGGUCGGUCGCGUGCGAGCUCCAGGUCAACAACAGCAUCAUCGAGCGGUGA